CUAAGACUAGUCGACAGUAGACUUUAACUUCAAAGAUUGAUAAAUUCGUGGUUCAUGGUUUUCCGAGAAUCCAAACAGCACUCCAUUAUCAUUACCUACUUCAAGUAUCUUCAAACCCUUAAUAGCAUUCAAACAUACAAAAAUUUCAACAACAUUUGGUCUUCUAAUGGAGCUAUCAACAGGGCCCAACUCCCUCAAACUUGUUCUCUUCCUCAUCUUCUUCUCCUUCUGUAACAUCCCAGCUUUAUUAUCAUCGCCUACUUUUUCUUCUUCUUCAACCUCUCCUUUUCCCAAUGAAGCUCUCCCCACCAAAUCAGGCUAUCUCCCUGUCAACCCCACCACUGGUUCUGCCAUUUUCUAUGCUUUCUAUGAAGCUCAGAAACCUAAUUCAUCUCUCUCCCAAACCCCACUUCUCAUUUGGCUCCAAGGUGGCCCUGGAUGCUCCUCCAUGAUUGGAAACUUCUUCGAGCUUGGGCCCUGGCGUGUUAAUUUUCACAAGGCAAAGUCCAACCCCCUUGUUCUUGAACCCAAUUCAGGUUCUUGGAACCGCAUAUUUGGCCUUCUUUUCCUUGAUAAUCCGAUUGGAACUGGGUUUAGUAUUGCUUCUACACCCCAAGAAAUCCCAAGAGAUCAAUAUACUGUUGCCACCCAUCUUUUCGCUGCAAUCACUUCGUUUAUUGCACUAGACCCUUUGUUUAAGUUUCGUCCAAUAUAUAUUACGGGCGAGAGCUAUGCAGGGAAGUAUGUUCCAGCAAUUGGAUACUAUGUUGUGAAGAAAAAUGCAGAAUUGGCUGUGUCUGAGCAGGUCAACUUAGCUGGUGUUGCUAUUGGAAAUGGUUUAACUGACCCGAUCACUCAGGUGGCAACUCAUGCUGUAAAUGCUUACUUUUCGGGUUUGAUCAAUGAGAGGCAAAAGGGUGAGUUGGAGAAAGCUCAAUGGGAGGCAAUUGAGCUGACCAAAUUGAAGAAUUGGAGUGAGGCCACAACUGCUAGAAUUAAGGUCACGAAUUUGUUGCAGAACAUGACAGGGUUGGCCACGUUGUACGAUUUUACAAAGAAAGUUCCUUACAAAUCUGACUUGGUUGCUGAAUUUUUGCAAAACAAGGAGGUGAAGAAGGCCCUAGGAGUGAAUGAGUCGAUUGUAUAUGAGGAAUGCAGUGCUGUAGUGGGGGAUGCAUUGUAUGAGGAUGUGAUGAAGAGUGUGAAAUAUAUGGUGCAGUUUUUGGUGAAAAAGAGCAAAGUUUUGUUGUAUCAAGGGCAUCUUGAUUUGAGGGAUGGUGUAGUUUCAACUGAGGCUUGGGUAAAGACAAUGAAAUGGGAGGGAAUUGGGAAUUUUUCCAGGGCAGAGAGGAAGGUUUGGAAGGUAAAUGGUGGGCUUGCUGGGUUUGUGCAGAAAUGGGGGAGUUUGAGUCAUGUUGUGGUUUUGGGGGCUGGGCAUCUUGUGCCUACUGACCAGUCAUUGAGUUCACAAGCAAUGAUAGAAGACUGGGUUUUGGAGAGGGGCUUAUUUGGCCACCAACAAGAGGAGGAUUUGUAGUUAAAUUUCUGGAAUGCACUGCAAAAAUUGUUCCUCUUAUUCUGUUGUUGUUGUUGUAUCAAUUAGUAACUGAAAUCAUGGGCAAGCUUAGAAUGGGAUGUUUAAAACAGUGUAAUUUGCAUCAAUGAAUAAAUGCUCUGCUUUGAUUUGCCA